UGUUAAAUACUGGAGAGAACUCUGUACUUUGCACCUCUCACUUAGAUCUACACUUGGAAACUUUUCUGAGGAGUUAAGCGUCCUUUGACCUCCUCUCUUGUGAAUUGCAGAAAUCAGACCAGACUACUUGGUAAAAUGACCUCUUGUGUUGCUGAAGAACCUAUUAAAAAGAUUGCUAUCUUUGGAGGGACUCACGGAAAUGAGCUGACAGGAGUGUUUCUAGUUACUCACUGGCUAAAGAAUGGUGCUGAAAUUCAGAGAGAAGGGCUGGAAGUGAAACCAUUCAUUACCAACCCAAGAGCAGUGGAGAAGUGCACCAGAUACAUUGACUGUGACCUGAAUCGGGUUUUUAACCUUGAAAACCUUAGCAAGGAGAUGUCUGAGGAUUUGCCAUAUGAAGUGAGAAGGGCUCAAGAAAUAUAUCACUUGUUUGGUCCAAAAAAUAGUGACAAUUCCUACGAUGUUGUUUUUGACCUUCACAACACUACUUCUAACAUGGGUUGCACUCUUAUUCUUGAAGAUUCCAGGAAUGACUUUUUAAUCCAGAUGUUUCACUAUAUUAAGACUUCCUUGGCUCCAGUACCCUGCUAUGUUUAUCUUAUUGAGCAUCCUUCCCUCAAAUAUGCAACCACUCGUUCCAUUGCCAAGUACCCUGUUGGUAUAGAAGUUGGUCCUCAGCCUCAGGGUGUUCUGAGAGCUGAUAUUUUGGACCAAAUGAGAAGAAUGAUUAAACAUGCUCUUGAUUUUAUACACCAUUUCAAUAAAGGAAAAGAAUUUCCUCCCUGUGCUAUUGAAGUCUAUAAAAUAAUGGAGAAAGUUGAUUACCCAAGGAAUGACAGCGGAGAAGUGGCUGCCGUUAUCCAUCCCAAUCUGCAGGAUCAAGACUGGAAACCAUUACACCCUGGAGAUCCCGUGUUUGUGACUCUUGAUGGAAAGAUUAUUACGCUGGGUGGUGACUGUACCGUGUACCCGGUGUUUGUGAAUGAAGCUGCAUAUUAUGAAAAAAAAGAAGCAUUCGCAAAGACAACUAAACUAACACUCAGCGCAAAAAGCAUCCGCUCCACUUUGCACUAAAAGUCACUGCAAGCUCACAGUUCUAGGGAGUCUUGCAAACCUCGAGAACUCUGUGAGCGCUCCAAGAGCAGAGCUGUGCCUUAUUCUCAUUCUUUUCCUCAGCACUUGCCCCCAUGCCUCACACAGUAAGCAUCCAGGCCGGUUUCUGAAAGGAAAGAAUAAAUUAAUAAACGUCUUUCAAAUAUAUUUUGAAUGAGCUACUUAUAGCUCAUUCAGGCCGGUGUGUUUCUGGUUUCUGUGUUACAUUACAUUCUAGUAACAACAUAGUUAACAACCUUCACAUUCAAAACAUAACAUUGAAAUCAAUGCUACAUGCAACUCAGCAUGUAGCGAGACAGUGAGAAUAGACUGAAUGUGUGCUUUUAAGUAAUGCAUAGCGCUACUAAAAACUAAUAGUACAAACUUGGUAUUUUUAAGUUUUGACAUCUGAAUUAAUGACAGUGUAUUAAAUGUCCAUUCUGUAAACUCUAGCAAUGACUGAUGUCUGUAGGCAAUUUCACAUCUUUCUGCAGAUGAGAUGUGACAGGAAGUGAAAGCUGGGUGUAAAGGUGAUGCAUGAAUACAUCGAGAAACACUCCCCUCAAGGACCUAAUCGUUGUCUUUGAUGUGAAAAGUUUGAAAAAGAUACACGUUUGCAGCUGCAGCUGUCAUUCUGAAAGAAUACAGUCACCCAGAUUCAUAAUCAGCAGGGUAUAAGUGUCUGGUCUUUGGUCUCCAGAAGCCACCACCAGAAACGGUGAAGGUGGGUAACAGAAGACAGUGGGCACUUAUGGAAAUGUGGCCCAAUCUUGUGACUCUGGAUCACAAAUACAUGUUUUCAAGAAGUUCCUCCAUGUCUCAAGUGACAAAAAUCCCUUCCCUCUCAUGAGCCUCUUUAUUUUUUUUUCCAGAGCUGAGGAUCGAACCCAGGGCCUUGCCCUUGCUAGGCAAGCACUCUACCACUGAGUUAAAUCCCCAACCCCAAGCCUCUUUAAAAGAUCCCCGCCGAGCUGCCUGCCUCCUUUUGCUCCCUACGUGACCCUCGCCUCCUUUCAUUCCUCUCUGAAGCCAAAGCAAUCAUGUAAGAAGCAUUUUUAUCCCAUGAUUUGGAACCCACAUUUAUGGAUGCAAUAUACUUAUCAAAAAAUACUAACGCUGAUGCUGGAGAGAUGGCUUAGUUGGUAAAGUGCUCACCAGGCAAGUGUGAGGACCUGAGUUCAAUUCCUAGCACCCAGACAAGAAGCCUGGCACAGUGGAGUGCAGCUGAAAUCCCAUUUCGGGGGGAGGUGAAGACAAGAAGGUCCCUGGGGCUUGCCAGCCAGCCAGUCUAGCCAAAUCAAUGAGCUCAAAAGUCAGAGAGAGACUGUCUCAAAAAAAGUGGGGAGUAACUGGGGAAGGUACUUAACAUGGACCUCUGGCCUCCACAAACGUACACACACAAAUGAACACAUACACACACACACACACACACACACACACACACACACACACACACACACACACACUAAUACAUUAUCUGGAAUAGAUACAUAGAUAAUAGAUACAGCUAUAGAUUGAUAUACCAGCCACUGUCAAUAAUUCAAUGAGUGUCCAGUAUACACACACACACACACACACACACACACACACACACACACACACACCACACACACACACACACACACACACACACACACACACACACACACACACACACACAGAGUUCAUCCAGAGAAAAUCCCAGUAAACCAAUUUCAACCCAUAUUCAAUUUAUUCAACAUCUAUUUUGUACCUUGCUAAAAUUAGUCCUUGAAAUCUAUUCUUCUUGCUGAAUGUCAUAGUUAAAAUGUGACAUGUCAAUCAGCUUCUACAGGCAAGUGUUGCCAAGCUCCUUGUCUCACUGAUCUACUUUUUUAUUUUCCACUUUCUCUGAGCCAGUUUUUUUUUUUUUUACAGCUGUAAGCUACAGCAAGAAGACUAUAUUCUUCCACCAUAAUUUAAUUACAAAAGUUAAAAUGCACAGUUUAGAGUGCCAUGGUUUCAGUUUCCAGAUUGGCUGUUUCUAUCAAGUCUAAUUUUUCUUGACUCAAUCUUUACAGUCUCCAGAGUUUCUAAUUAUAUGUGAUCUUGUCUAUGGCCAUGAUACCCUGAAUGGGUGCUAUCUAAUUAAAUGUGAAAUGUGAUUUUUUUAUUUUA